GCCGAUCGCUGGAACGCAGGAGACCGAGAUCAGCGCCAAGAGAAAGGAGUGCAAAUCGCUCGAGGCGGAGGUGAAGAGAAGAAAUCAAACAUGUCAGACUUUGGAGAAUGAGCUUCAAGAUUUUCUCCAAGAGAACACACACUUAAGCCUCCAGUUUUUCAACAGCAGCCACAAAUCAUCUGAAUAUGAGCGGGUGAAGACUGAGUAUGCCCAACUCAAAGAUACGCUUGGUGCUGUGACGCAGGAGAGAGAUUUAGCUCAGUGGGAGAGGAACCAGCUCCAAGGCAAACUGGAGAACCUAGAGCAGGUGCUCAAGCAUAUGCGCGAGGCUGCGGAGCGGAGGCAGCAGCUGGAGUUGGAGCAUGAGCAGGCCUUGGCUGUACUCAAUGCAAAGCAGCAGGAGAUUGACCUGCUCCAGAAGGCUCAGGUUGUGGCUAAAAAGGAACAUGAAGGCGCGGUUCAUCUGUUAGAGAACCACCUGGACAGCAUGCAGGCCAAGGUGCGUGAGCUGGAAGAGAAAUGUCGGAGUCAGAGCGAGCAGUUCAACCUCUUGUCCAAGGAGCUGGAAAAGUUUCGUUUGCAGGCGGGGACGUUUGACAUCCUCAGCACGGAACCUCUGACAGUGUGUGAAUCUCCCGGUUCUCCCAACAAGUCUCUGUCCCAGCUCCUCAAUGGAUUGGCGGCCCCCGUAGGAAAAGGCAACGAGGCUCCAACAAGCAGAUCUUUGAUAUCAGAGUUCAUUCGGCCGCUCCAGAUCAGUGGAGACAAACCGGAGCUCGUCUCUGUCAAGCCAACAUUCCUCACUCGCAGUCGAGGGAGCAGCCAAGGGAGGGCGCUGCUCUCUGAGAUGGACAAAGAGCUCGGUUCCACCACCAGAUCUAAACCAAGGUUUACAGGGAAGGUUCGCUUGUGUAUAGCUCGCUACAGUUACAAUCCUUAUGAUGGGCCGAAUGAGCAUCCUGAGGCAGAGCUCCCCCUGGUGGCAGGAAAGUACCUCUAUAUUUACGGAACUAUGGACGAGGAUGGCUUUUAUGAAGGAGAGCUGCUCGAUGGCCAGCGGGGGCUCGUCCCUUCCAACUUUGUGGAUUUUAUACAAGAGGCGGCGAAGGCGUCGGUCCAACACAGAGACUCUGUCACGAAAGAACCUGGCAACCUCAACCACAGUAGCCUGGGAUCCCACAGACUGGGGGUGAGCAGAGGGAUGGUGACAUGUUUGGGCAGCCUGCUGUCGGACAGUAAACAAAGCUGUCUGAGCAGCAGCAAUUUGGGCAUGGACCUCCUGGGCUCCUCCAGCAACGGGACGGGAACCUUGGAUGUCAAUAUUGACGAGGUCGGUGAAGACAUUGUGCCUUAUCCUCGCCGCAUCAACCUAAUUAAACAACUGGCCAAGAGCAUCAUCAUUGGCUGGGAUCCCCCUGUGGUUCCGCCGGGCCGAGGCUCCGUCAGUGGCUACAAUGUGUUGGUGGACAAGGAGGUACGGAUGAGCGUCCCCUUCGGGGGCAGGACUAAGUCCCUCAUUGAGAAACUCAACCUAGCCACCAACACUUACCGCAUCUCAGUGCAGAGCGUCACAGAGCGAGGACUGUCGGAUGAACUCCGCUGCACAAUGCUGGUGGGCAAAGACGUGGUGGUGGCUCCGUACUACCUACGGGUGGACAGCAUCACGCAGGACUCUGCGGAGCUCUCCUGGAUGCCCAGCAACAGCAACUACAGUCACACCCUCUUUCUGGACGGCGCAGAGUACGACAUGAUCAAGGCCGGGAGCUACAAGUAUAAGUUCUUCAACCUGAAGCCCAUGACGGUUUACAAAGUGAGGGUCGUGGCACAGACGCAUCAGGUGCCUUGGCAGCUGCCCAACGAGCAGAGGGAGAAGAGGGAGAUCUCUGUGGAGUUCUGCACUCAACCUUCAGGACCUCCCCACCCUCCACAGGAGGUUCAGGUCCAGUGUGGUCAGACACCAGGGGUUCUGCAGGUCAGAUGGAAACCCCCGCUUCUGACGUCUGCCGGAACCUCCAAUGGUGCCAAUGUAAUAGGCUAUGCUGUAUGCACAAAGGGAAAAAAGAUAGCAGAGGUCUUGUACCCCACAGCGGACUAUGUGACGGUGGAGUUAAACAGGAUUGAAGGUCUGGAUGCCAGGGAGAUCAUUGUAAGAACGUUAUCAACACAAGGAGAGUCCCAAGACUCACCUGUGGCCGUCAUCCCUCAUAAUCUAUUGGGCUCGCCUCACCUCACUCACCGAACCACGGGGCCUCCCCACACUUUGCCUCACACCCCGACGCAUCCAGUUCACUCCCAAACUCAUCCUCCUUAUCCAUCCACGUAUCCCCCGAAUCACCCCCAGCCGCAGGUGCAGCCCGUCCCCAUGGCCCAGCCCCACACACUGCCCCACGCACAGCCCGUCUGCCACCAACCUCCUCACCCCCAGCCUCAGUUCCAGCGCCAGCCCGCCCCCAAGUCCAAACCGUUCUUAAGUGCCAGAGAGACAGAUACCAAAGAGCACGAGGCGAGCAUGCGGCCAGGUGCGCCCUGGGAACGCUCUCCCUCCCCGCUGCCUCCAAUGCGCGGCCCCAAUCUGGAGCCACCGCCCUUCCAACAACGGCGUUCGCCCUCUCCUCAGAGAAUCCUGCCGCAGCCUCAGGGAGUCCCCAUCCCCAAUACCAUCGCAAAGGCCAUGGCCAGGGAAGCUGCACAGAGGGUGUUUGCUGAAAGCAACAGGGUGGAGAAAAGGAACAUCUUCAGCGAGCGGGGAAACGCACUCCAUCCACUUAACUCUGACGAGGAGGAGGAUGGUUAUGAUUCUCCUCAUAGAAGAAGAGGAGCCUCUGUGGAUGAGUUCCUCAGAGGCUCUGAACUGGGAAGACAGCACCACCAUCCCCACCACUACAGUCACAGUGAGGAGUACUACACAGAGAGCAGCCGGGGGUCAGACUUGUCGGACAUCAUGGAGGAGGACGAGGAAGAUCUUUACUCCGAGAUGCAGUUGGAAGAGGGCCGCCGGCGGAGCAUCAACUCUCACAACUCCCUAAAGGCCUACUACAAGCGGCAGGACCUAGCUGAAGAAAGGGACUGCUGGGACCUCCAGAGGGAGGUAGUGAAGCACAAGUCGCUGCGGAGCAAGCGGCUCCACAGCAUCCCCGAGGUGGAGGAGGAGUCAGACGGUGUGGACAACAUGGGCCAGCCUCUGCGCUUCGAGGACGGAGGUCGGCCGGGAAUCCCGCGCGCACAGCGGAGGCCGUACCCCCAUGACGGUCACAAGCACAAUCACAUAACCGCCAGCAAAAACCUUCGCCACUUGCAACGCCAGCGCUCUUCGCCUCGCUUCGCAGACCUCCGCUACUGCUACACCGCGGAGGAUCGUGUCCUGGGACGACCCAACCGCCAGAACACCAAGAGUCCUGACAGUGGUUUGGACUGUGGCAGUGAGGAAGAAAGCUCUCUGGGCAGGGGGCAUCGAGGGUACUACACCUAUGGAGCGCCCACGCGGGGCCCUGUGCGAGUCAUCCACUGUGAAGGCCCCGUGGAAAGGCGAGCUCUGGCCAUGGGCCGUAAGAGAACUCUGACACGCCAAUGCAGCGUGGAGGAGGAGUUUGCUGACAUUCCAAUGACCUCGAUUAAGUCAGUCCACACAGGUGACUUUAGAAACCGAGAACACUUUGGGCCACGGAACUACUCCCGAGAGGGGGUCCUGAGUGAGAGCAGGCUGAACGAUCUGGAAAGGGGCUAUUACGGUCCUCACAGGGAGGCUAGAACCCACUCUUUGUCCAGGCUCCACUGGGACCAGUCGCUGAUCCUUGGAAACUCGCCAUCACAUGGAAACGCUGACCAUCUGGACCACUCGGGGCGGAGGUCGGUUCACAUAGGCACACCCCCUCAGCGACGGCCCAUCCCAUCCAUUGAGAUCACCAUGGACAGUAACAGUGAGGGGAGUGAGGGGAACCUCUCCCCCGUCAAGGCGGAUGUUUACUAUGGCAGUGUAGCUCGGCGAAGGAUAUGGCCGUCUAUGUCCUCAGAGGAUCAAUAUGACAGCUAUGGCGGACGCAGGCACGGGCGAGGACGACGCUCGCCGGAUUACUUUGAGGAAUCGGAGCCAGAGGAGAUGACUCGCGUGUUUGUGGCCCUUUUUGACUACGACCCCCUGUCCAUGUCUCCCAACCCGGACGCUGCUGAUGAGGAGCUGCCUUUUAAGGAGGGCCAGAUCAUCAAGGUGUUUGGAAAUAAAGACACGGAUGGCUUCUACAGGGCAAAAAUUCGAGAUCGAGUGGGUGUGAUCCCUUGCAACAUGGUCUCUGAGAUCCAAACGGAGGACGACAACAUGAUGGGUCAACUCCUUAAACAAGGUUUCCUGCCGCUAAACACUCCCGUGGAAAAGUUAGUGAACUGCGACCGUUUCAAAGACGGACGGGUAAUAAACCGCAGGUCGAGAAAGUCGAAGCGAGAGAGGAACAGGCGGAGUGGACGUCAGCAUCCAAUGUCAACACGCAGAAUGGUGGCCCUUUAUGACUACGACCCAAGAGAGAGUUCCCCCAACAUUGACAUACAGUAUGACGGCAACAGACUAGAUGACGAGGCUGAACUGACCUUCUGUGCUGGCGAUGUCAUCACAGUUUUUGGGGAAAUAGAUGAAGAUGGAUUUUAUUACGGUGAGCUCAACGGACACAACGGACUUGUUCCUUCCAACUUUCUAGAAGAAGUGCCUGAUGAUGUGGAGGUUUUUCUCACGGACUCACCAUCUCGAUACCCCCAGGACACGCCUACACGAAUAAAGACCAAAAGGGUUCCAUGGGACGAUUCAGGUCCGCCCAUAAGAGCAGGCUCGCCGACCGUGCGUCCACACAUCAUGCAGUACCAUCAGGGCCCCUCUGGACAUACACGCCUCCAAAAAGAUAAAGGAACUUCACUGCGGAGGGAAGAAGCUGUUGCUCGACGCUGUUAACACCUUGACCUACACAUACUGCAAGUGAACAGGCGGCAUUAAUUCUUGAGCUUUCUUACUUUUAAAUAUUACAUCUCAUUUUUACUGAGACUCCAGUGUGGAUCCUUACCUCAGAUGCAUAAUGCAUGUUUCACAUCAGCACCUGCCCUCCUGACCCAUACCUAGCGAGAAAAUCACUCAAGGAAAGUGGAACGUGUGCCUUCGCACAGUAUGGCCAACAUGCCGUUUUGCUUACUAUCAAAGCAAGCACUCAGAAUGAGCAGCAGGGUUAUCUCCUUACUGCUGAAGUCCAACAUCACACAGGUCAAACCUCCAUAUAAUUGCCUUAAUAUCACAAAUGAGUCCCUGUCCGCUGCACGAACAACAGCAACAUGAAAUUAAGGGCAAGAAAUCAUUGAGGCAGGAUGGCGCCUGUGUGACAGCGCAGACUUCGAGACAGAAGUGUCACUUCUUGUCCUGUGUUGAAAGCAUUUGAUGCUGUCAGGCAAGUAUCCUGUUACAGCAGACAAUUUGUAAACAAAUAUUGGGCUGUGGGAUGUUGUGUGAACAGGUAUUACAGUAUUGCUUUAGUGUUUUGAACUAAAGGUGGAUAAAUUCAGGAUCUAUGGUUAUGUUACACAUUCUGCUACAUUCGAGAGUGAAAGAAGCAGUGUUCAAUAUUUUUUUUUUUAAAGUCACAUUUGUAUUAUCUUUUGUGACAUGAUUCAUCCAAUAAAUUCCAAAAUGCAAAAAAAUAAAAACUGUCAGCAAACUUUACACCUUAAAUUCAUACCUUUUUAAUAGCUGACAGCAAGUAUAAGUAAUACUGGAGAUUAGAUUAACGUUGUAGUUCACCUACCUCUUUACAGCACCUCUCACCUAAACCCCAAUCCACUUAAUUGGAAAGGUUUAAUCAGUCACUCAGUCAUGGUGCAGGUUAUAAGUACUGUAACUCUAUACAUAGCCACAGCUCCUUAUACUGUAUGUAGUGAAUGUACGAUCAAUUGAAAGCCAUUGUAUUUAGCCAUCCCUAUAAAUUAAUCCCCAAGCAUCUAUAAAGGCGUGUCCUGUACACUUGCAUUGACUUAAAACUGCCAAAAGAAAUGGAGAAGUAUGAAUGCACAUUGUGGAAAAUAAAGACUUUCUGGCCAGCCAUGUCCACCUACACCCUUGUACCUAUGUCUCAGUUCACAUCGCUUCCUAUCAAUUUGUGUGACUGAUGCUCUUUUGUAAAUUGUAAAUGUUUAUACUUGAUUUUCAAAUUGCCUUUUUUGUACAUUCACUUUAUAAUCAAGCAGUACAAGUGUUUCCCAUGGUGUCUUGAAGACCUUUUUGUUUGCAAUGUGUGCUAGCUUUAUUAUAAGAAUAAUCAGCCUAUAUUCAUGGUUACAAACUACUGUGUGGGUGUGCAUGUGCAAUCUUUUUUUUAAAACAAGCUAAAUAAAUUUGA